CUCCACUACCGGUAAUUAAAGCUGCGGGUGUGUGAUGCAACCAGCUGUAAGGAUAUUAUCCCAACUCCUGUCAAUAAGUUUUAACUCUCACUUAAUGUCAGCUCUGCUUCUGAACGACGAGGUGUAUCGACGCUUGUAGACGCUUCGGUUUUCGUCGCGCUGCGUUCCGUUAAACGGCCACACGGUUAAACUGUCAGUUUUUUGCUAACAUUAGCAGCUCCAGAUGGACGUUAGCUCGGUUUGAUUUCACUCUGGUCUCUGAUCACCGCCCCUCCUCUCCUCAGGACCUCCUUAUGUGUACAUUUUGAGGCGCUGGGUGCCGGAGGAGUCACCCCCUUCCUCGUUUAGUGGAUCUAAGCUUGAAGAAAUGGCCACCGCUGCUCCCCCUCCGGCCGCUAGCUCCGCCGCGGCUGCCGACAACCCGAGUCCCGGAUCCAGCGGCUCGACGGCGGCCGACGGCGGCAACCAAGACAGCACCUUCGAGUGUAACAUUUGUCUGGACACCGCCAAGGAUGCGGUGAUCAGCCUGUGUGGCCACCUCUUCUGUUGGCCCUGUUUGCAUCAGUGGCUGGAGACCCGACCAAACAGACAAGUGUGUCCAGUUUGUAAAGCUGGAAUCAGCAGAGACAAAGUAAUCCCCUUGUAUGGGAGAGGAAGCACAGGACAACAAGACCCCAGAGAAAGAACACCCCCUCGACCACAAGGACAGAGGCCUGAGCCAGAAAACCGCGGUGGUUUCCAGGGAUUCGGCUUCGGAGAUGGGGGUUUCCAGAUGUCAUUUGGAAUCGGUGCCUUUCCAUUCGGUAUUUUCGCCACGGCUUUUAACAUCAACGAUGGACGACCUCCUCCAGCCGCUCCGGGGACACCGCAGCACAUGGACGAACAGUUUCUGUCUCGGCUCUUCCUGUUUGUCGCUCUGGUGAUCAUGUUUUGGCUGCUGAUUGCAUAAGAGCGUGGAAAGACGAUGCGUUAACCCGAAGGAUUUGUCAGAUUAAAAUGUUUUAUGAUUCUGCCUUCAUACUUUUUAAAAAAGUUUUCCUCUCCUUGGCACCAAGUCAUGUGAAGUUUGAAUGAAGCUGUUUUUUUUUUUUUUUUUAAUUAUUAACGAUAUCUGUUCUAAUUUAGGCUUUCACCAUGAGUCACAUAACACAGACACCUAGUGUGUACCAUCUUUCUCUUGAUUAUCUUAUGUGCAUAUCUGUUUGCGUUAUUAAUUUGAAAUACACACAGAAAACUUAAAGUGGGAGAGUGUGAUAGUGAGGCAGUUAUGAAUUUUAUGAUCUACACCUGUACUUUUAAUACUAAAAAUAUCCUCUGUGAAUAAAAGGCCUGUCCAUGUUAGACAAGCUGCAAAGAAACCCUCUAGUUUCUUACUUAUGUGCUGAAUAAUAGCAUGUGCUUUCUCCAUGUUGUCUUCUUUCUCCCACCAAGGCUGCAUCCCAAAUCACUCCCACAUUCACUCAUUCAAUACUCCCUUUAAUACAGACAUGCAAUAGUGAGCAUGAAUUAUAUAGAGAUUUCACAAUCAUCAUAAUUUUGAGUUGUCAGUGUCAGCUGUCGUGCUGCACAAAUGUAAUUUUCGCUUCUGUAAAGGGACUCAUUUUGGUUGUGGGAUUGUUAGCAGAAAGUAGUGGAUGUGUCGUGGACGCUCCCCUUUUUUGUGCAAAUUUGUGCAAGUUCUGAGGUCCCCAUAUAGUGAUUUGUGAGAGGAAAGGGCUCAGGGUAAAUGUACAGAGGUGGAAAAAAGUUUUAGUAUGCCCUUAAAGUUUUACACAAUCUCAUUAUCAGGAAAUAUUUAUGGAAAAAUCUUUUUUUGUGUUUCAAAAGGUGUGGCUGCAUUAGACAGACAUAAAUACAAAUGAUAUAUUUUUUUUUUUGUUUACAACAAAAACUAACAAGACUAAAUUCUACCAAAAUGACCCAAUGCUCAGUAUUUUAUUUUUAUGGAACCAAUUUUAAGUUUUUAAUGGCUUUUUUUAAGGAUUUGUUUAGUAUUAUGGCAGUGAUUGUAUGAAAAGAAAUUGCACUUGAAGAGUGAUUCUUAAUGCAGCAUACAUGUAAAUGUAUGGGAUGUCUGAAUUUUUUUUUUCCACCACUGUAGUGACUAUGUACAAGGGGAUGACAAAUUAAAGGAAAAAUCGUUGUUGGCUCCCAACCAGCUUUAAUGCACCUUAGCACUGAUUCUUUAAGACUGUAAAACUCUGCUGCAGGGAUGAAGCAGCAUUUUUCCCCUCAUUUGGUGUUUUGAUAAUGACCAAAAUCUCCCUUUAAAUGUUCAACUGAGUUGAGUUCAAAGCGACAGCAUAUGAUUGACAUCAUUUUCACACUCAUCAAACCACUCAGUUACUCCUCGUACACUAUUGACAUGAGCAUUGUCAUCCAAAGAGACGACUUCCAUCGGGAAGGAAAUAUUCCAUCAUAUAAUAAAGGUGACCGCUUAAAGCAACUUCGUAUUGAUUUGCAGCGAUCAUUUCAUGACACAGUGGAUCCAAACUAUGCAGGAAAAUUACCACAUCAUACCAAAGCCACCAAAUCCUCUCUCUGUAGGGGUCACCCAUUCAAUUUUUCCUUUAAUUUGUCACCUAUCUGUAGUAAACUGGGAGUGACUUUGGACUCAACCUUAAUGUACUAAGAAUGUGGGUUUUCCACCUAUUCAGAUGUACCUGAUUUUUAUAAAUCGAACAGCUCAAAGUUUCCAAAAAUCAAAGACAUCCUGAGGAAUCAAUAUACUGUCACACUGACAUUUUAUUUUAGAUGACACUGGAAAGAAAUGUGUUUAUGCAUGUAAGCAGUGGAAAGACUAAAUGUAUGAAACAGUGUUCCUUUCCAAACUGUAAAAGCUUUUAUUCUGCUCAAUUUACUGUUUUUCACUGUAAUUGAAUGUAAAAUACUGUAGAUUACAGAGUUAAAGUCAAGUUUGAUUCAUUGAACAUGAAGCAACUUUUCUAAAUGUCAAUUCACUCUAUUGACAGUAAAGCUAUGUAAAUGAA